AUGAACUCUCAAGAAUCUAGUUCAAGCUUUCAAAAAAAUACUUAUACUGAUAAAAGUGAUAUAAUUGGAACAAAAGAUGUUUGCCAAGUUAUUAUUAAAAAAAAUGAAAAAAACCAAAAAUGCGAAAAGGAAUAUGUUCAUGAUAAUUUGACAUCAAAUAUGAUCACUCACUUACGAUUAUAUAACAUAGUGAAUAGUAAAAAACUAAAAUCUGAUAUACAGCAAAAGCGACAAACUACAUUACUAGAAAUGGUUAAAACUAACACUCCACAUAAAGAUGAUAGAAGAAAAGAAAUAAUUAGAGGAGUUGUUGAAUAG